GGCUGCGUAAGUCAUCGGAGCGAGUGCACGGUGCACGUUACUAGCUAACUAGCCUAGCUAGCUACCCAAAUAAAAAUGGCAGCGUGUGCAAUACGACGCGGUUUGCUGUCCACAGUUAGCAAAUACAACAGAAAACAGGCACUUCGGGUUUUGAAUGUCGACUACGGCAGCAGACACGAACCGAACAGGCCCCGCUUGCCCUGCUCGGCAUGCACGCUGUUCAGCAUUCAGCAGACGCGGUACUUGUCCUCACGAAACAGGCCGGAGGGUAAGGUGUUGGAAACAGUCGGAGUGUUCGAGGCACCGAAGCAGCAUGGCAAAUACGAGACGGGACAGCUGUUCCUGCACAGCGUUUUCGGAUACAGAGGGAUAGUGCUGUUCCCCUGGCACGCCCGGCUGUACGACCGAGAUGUUACGCCCCCUACUUCUGAGAGUAAGCCAGAGCCCCCCGGGGCGCAUGGGUCAAAGGAGGUAAAGGGAAAAACUCACACCUACUACCAGGUCCUCAUCGACACCCGGGACUGCCCUCACAUAUCUCAGAGGUCACAGACUGAAGCGGUGACAUUUCUGGCCAAUCACGACGACAGCAGGGCCCUGUAUGCUAUUCCAGGUCUGGACUAUGUGAGUCAUGAGGACAUCCUGCCCUAUAACUCGACUGACCAGAUUCCCAUUCAGCACGAGCUCUUUGAGCGGUUUCUCAUGUUCAACCCUUCCAAAGUUCCCCCCUUCGUCCCAAGGGACACCCUGCGGGCAUGGCAGGAGAAGAAUCACCCCUGGUUGGAGCUGUCAGACGUGCACCGGGAAACCACAGAGAACAUCCGUGUCACUGUCAUCCCCUUCUACAUGGGCAUGAGGGAAGCUCAAAACUCCCAUGUGUACUGGUGGCGCUACUGUAUCCGGCUGGAGAACAUGGGCGGCGAGGUGGUGCAGCUGAGGGAACGGCACUGGAGAAUCUUCAGCCUGUCGGGAACGCUGGAGACGGUCAGGGGCCGAGGAGUCGUGGGGCGGGAGCCGGUGUUAUCAAAAGAGCAGCCAGCCUUUCAGUACAGCAGCCAUGUUUCCCUGCAGGCACCCAGUGGACACAUGUGGGGGACAUUUCGCAUCGAGAGGACCGAUGGCUCCCAUUUCGACGUGCGCAUCCCUCCCUUCUCCCUGGAGAGCAACAAGGACGACAAGGCGCCCCCCGCUGGCUACAGCUGGUAGAGCAGCAUCAGUCUCAGCAAAACAGUGACAGCCAGCAUCUUGUUCACACCAAAUUUGUUUUCCUUAGCUUUUAUUCCCCCCCUCAGGUGAUGUUUACGCUCGCAGUAUUUAUUUCUCCUCAAGAUUUCAGUUCCUGAGUUUAAGUGAACCAAAUAAAACUCUGAAAGAAAGGAUUUCUAAAGAAAAGACAUGCUUGGGGUGGUGGGCAUUUUUUUUCCUCUGAAACCGUAGCCAUAUAGGUAGCAAACUCACAAACUUCCAGAGAGUCAAAAUAAGUAGCUGAAAGCAAUCUUGAAUGGCUGUGCUGUCAAUCUGCAGGGGGGACACCUAACUUUCUCUAAGCCACUCCAAGAAGGGGAAGUUGGAAGUGUCCAGACAGUGAUUUGGUGAGGCUGUCAAACUCCUGCAAGGUAUAUUUUGUUACAGUGGCCUUCAAAUGUAUUUGUCCCAAAAUUAAAUUGUAACAAAUAAUUGAUGCAAAAGAAGAUUGAAAAAGCAGAUUAAAAGCACUUAAUCCUUUUAUCCCCUCAAGACAAACUUUUAAUACUACCAAAGCUACACUGAAUAACAGCUUUGCUCCCCCAUAUUCAGAGCCCUGCAAGCUGUAUUUUAUGCAUCCUUAGAUACCACUCUAGAUCCCCCUGUAUUCAUUUUUGAGCUUCAGAUAUUUCUCAGGGGUGAUCUUGGACUACCCCCCCAGUAGAAUUUCUCUCACUCCCUCAAGGUAUUGUUUUUGUUGUUUGUUUUUUGUUAGCGGCUGUCUGGAGGUUGACCCAUGCUCUGUCAUACUGAGGCAUGGGGCUGUUCCAGAACAGUGAUUUUUGUCUUCCCUUAAGUAUUUCCUCUCAGGCUUUCAAACAUGAUUUGUCAUUAUCAUGUUGGAAUGUCAAGAGUUUCAUAAUUUUUCUAUCUUGAUCUUCUUAGCAAGGACUGCCGCAAAAAUGUCCUUGUAUACACUUCUGUCCAUCCCCCCUCCAGGACUGACAGAGGCACUAGGACCGGAAACUGUAAAUUAACCCCUAAGUCCCUGCUUUCAUUUUUCGCAGAACAGACGCUGUCCUCCUCCACAUGGCCUUUGCUUUUUUUGUUUGGCACUGAGGGGUAUUUCCAUAGAGCUCCAUUGUUUGGUUUUCAUCUGACUGUGGUCUAAAGUGCCAUGAAGAUGCAGUAUGGGGAGAGAAAAACAAUACUGCUUCUCUUUGUGUUGUUGAGUCUGAAGAGGCUUCUCUCUAGCAACAGUGCCGUGAGCAACACAUUCAUGCAUCCAAUCUGGUCCUUCUCAUUUUUUGAGAUGUUGCUGUCAAAGUUUAUCAUCGAUAGACAUAAAUUUGGAGGCCACUGUAUGUAAUUCUUAAUCUAAUUAGAAUUAAGAAAAGAAUUUCAUUUUUUUUUCCCAGAUGGUCACUGGCUGAUUUGACUUAAGUCCUGGUCAGGAAUGAAAGCUAGACGCCUCUGGUCUGUGAGGAAGCAACCCGUCCCGCAUUGCCUUCAGAUCUCUGUCCUAGUGACACAGCUGCACAGGAGGAAAAACCUCUCUUAGCGAGUGCACUGUUGUUGAAGGACGGGUUUGGGUUGAGGCGUUCCUGUCCUGAAAGAUUCAAUGAGGAGGAGGACUGAUUUGCAAAUCGCCCACCUGUCUGUUCUCACAAUGUCAGAGCAGUUGUCAGUAAGUGAGGGAGGGCAAUGCAGUUGUAGUCCCAAAAACUCUAGUAGUGGGGGGGGG